CAAACGAGUAGUUUUAUUCUGUAAUCCGUAUUCUGUUCUAUAGUCUGGUCUGGUUUGUCAAAUAAUCGGAAUUUUAAUGGUGUGUUUUUCAUCGGGUACAAAAUUAUAAAAAUUGUGACGUGUACGAAAUGUUGUAGCACUUACUACUUUGAUUAGUGGUUAGGUUAUUGUUAUUUCUAGAUAAUUAACUUCAGCGAUACAAAUUCAACGAAAAUGGAGAAGAGAAAAUUAUCGACAUCUGGUGACUCUCUGUACUUAAUCCUCGGUUUACCAAAGACAGCCACAGCAGAGGAUAUAAAGAAAACUUACAGGAAACUUGCAUUAAAAUAUCAUCCGGAUAAAAAUCCUAAUAAUCCAGAAGCAGCAGAGAAGUUCAAAGAUGUUAACCGAGCACAUGCCAUCUUGAGCGAUCUCACUAAGAGGAACAUUUAUGAUAACUACGGCUCCCUUGGUCUCUAUAUAGCCGAACAGUUUGGCGAAGAAAAUGUCAAUGCUUACUUCUUGGUCACGUCCGGCUGGUGCAAGGCUCUGAUCCUAUUUUGCGGAGUGGUGACGGGUUGCUACUUUUGCUGCUGCUGUUGUUGCUGCUGUAACUUCUGCUGCGGCAAAUGUAAGCCCCGGCCACCCGAGGAGAGCGGAGAUUACCAGACCUUGCAUAGAGACCAGGGUGGCGGCUCAGGUGGUGUCAUAAACCAGCAGCCAACCAACAAACCGGAUAGCGAUGAUGAGCACGGAGGCGCCAGUGGUGACCCGACCAUCACGUCCCAGCCCAAGCCCUCGAGUAACACCUCCAAUGCUCCAAUCGUCUUGGGACCUGCCAGCGAGAGCUCGGCACUCAAUCUCCAGCAGCAGACUACCUACACUCCAGGUGAAAAUUAUGGAGAUGAUAUGGAAGGCAUGACUCAGAGCAGUUCCCCCAGCCACAUGGGCUAAGCUCCAGCAACAGUCGAGACGUCACAUCCAUGGCUGUGUCCCUCCACCCAGUAUUUCGCAGAUCUGGACUUUUCCUCGCCUAGCUUACAAGCAACUCUAGCUUGAUAUCCAUCCCCAGCACACUUAAUCACAUGUCAUCAGACUUCUACCUACUUGCGAGUAGGAAUUUUGAAGCAAAAAUCGUCUUCAAAGUAGAAUGUUUUAAAAGAAGGUCCCAGAUGUUCAGAUAAUUCAUAGGGAUAUUGUGGCCGGAAAUGUUCAUUAUUGUGGUUUUGUAAAGUGCACUUCUUAUUUUAUAAUUAUCUACUUAUUUGUUGAAAGUUUUCUUAGUCAUUAUUUAGAAAAAAACAUAAUGUAAUUUAUAUAUUAAUAAUGUUUCAAACUAUUUAUCUGUUUCAUUAUUUAUUAGGCCUAUUUCUAGUUAUGUAAACAUUAGUUUUGUUCAUUUUUCUAUUAUCAUUUGCAAGUCUUGCUUUAUUAUCCAUGUAUGUUAGAGAUUAAAAUAUCUAAAUAUAAUGCAAAAUUAUAAAUUUUUAGAACUUUGAAUAAUGCAACCUAAUUUAAAUGUUGAAAUAAAAAAAUGUAUUAUUUUUCCUACUUUGGAGAACGUUCUCUUGUUUAUUGUCAUUCUAUCAGGUUGUUUAAUUGUGAUGUCACUAAGAUACAUUAAUUGUUUUAUUUAUCUAAAAGGAAUUGUCCUUUCCUCAUCUUACUUCCAAUAUAUUAUUUUUCAUACCAACAAGAUUGCUUGAUACUACUUAGUAGUAUAAAUAUAAAAUAUUAUUCAAUUUAAAGCCUGUAAAAAUCACAUUACUGUAUUAAACACUGUUUUAAGUACUGAAACGUACUCAAAAUCUUCUCACUCAUUUAAUUAGUGCUGUAUAUGUUAGUCCUAUGUAAUACCAUUUAUAUUUUUUGUGAUGUGAAGUUUAUAUAACAAUUCUAUAAAAUUUUAUCUAACAAAUAGCUAUGGGUAAGUGUUUAGUAUGAUUUUGGAGAGAUGAUCUUCUAGUUGUCAAAGGAAUUUGGUUAAAUAUAUUUCCUGUCCAAGUUUGUAGUAAUACACUACUUUGUCCCCAUGCAAUUGUAAUGAAUUGAAAAUCCAGUAAUCAAAAAGUACAGUUUUUAUUUAUCCUUGAAAAUUGGUUUGCUAAAUAUUUCAUUUAAAUUAGAUGAGUGAAAUGUCAUUAAAUUUCAAUUAUUUUAGAUGGGAAAUACAAUACAUGGGCAGAAUAUUUACACAAAAUUGAUCUCAUUUUCAAACUUUUUGACUGUUUUGUAUCAGCUGAUGCUAAAACUUAUUAAGAUAAGGGAAUGUCCUCUGCACUUAUUCCUAUUUAAUUGCUUGAUAAAAUUGCUGUAACGCCUUAUGUGGCCUCAUCUAUAUAAAGACCAGUAAAUUUUCUAUAUUGUAACAAAAUGUUUCUUUUUAGUUGUAAGAGUAACCAGGGUUGAUAUUUUUAAUCAAUAAGUCAGGUCAGUAGAUUUUUGUGGAUAAGACUUAAUGCAUCCAGCUAGUCAAGUUUUAUAAAGUCUUUAAUUAUUGUCAGUAAGUUAACUUUCUGCUUUUAAACAACUGUUUAGUAGAAGAUAUUAAAUUUAAUUUGAAAAUGUCUGUGUGAAAUUUAAUUUAAUUUUUAUUCUUAAAGUAUUUUAUUUGUGUUUGUACUAGUUACAUAAUUCAUUCUUAAUGUUAUUUAUUGGUUCCAUAAUAAAUAUAAAACAUAAUUUAUUGGUCUUGUACACUAUUUGCAAUGUUGUAGAUAUUUUUAUAUUUCUGAGGACUCCUCACAGUAACACUAUUAGAGUUUUGUAUGUAUAUUUGUGUACGAGCAUGUAUUAGUAGUUAACCUACCGCCAUAUUGCGAUGACUUCCUUUUUUUAAGUUGUCAGUCUUUUAUUGUGCUAAUAAAGCAUCUUAUUUUAAU